GGGGGGAGCGAGGGAGGGAGGGAGAGAGAGCGACAUCAGGGCUGCUCAGACGCCAGCAGCAAGUGGGGCGCAUUAUAGCAGCACGUACAGCGUCUGCUUCUUGCAACCCGGGAGGACAAGAGAGAGAGGACAAGACUGAGACAGCGCGGCACAGCCUGUCAGAUAACACGCAACGCUUUAAGGACACGGAGAUUGGCGGGGAACUGGGGAGGGGGGGUUGUCGUGCAAUAUCCUCCCCGUCCUCAGUCGCGAGGAGGCGGCUGCUGCUAUUGCUGCUGGUUUUGUAGCCUUCCCCCCCCCUCCACUCCUUCCCGGUCCAUGGAGCCUAGCCGAGGCAACGCAGGACGAAGAGACUGAGGCCAGAUAAUGUUGAUGUGGAUCCUUUGGGCAGCCAGGAGAUAAAGUGAAUUCCAGUGACAGCUAUGUAAACUACAACUCUGCAGAGGCUCAGAAUCCUUGUAAAAUGGAGGAACUGUAUAAGGACACGCAAAAUCUGCCCAUGGAUGUUACCACCUCACCCUCAGCUAUAGCUAACAACAAACUAGAAAAUGGAGUUGCCCAGCUGAUAACAGCAGAAGCGUGGAAUAUAAAUUCAUCAGACUUGAUGAAGAAAGCACUUUCACCACUCGUAACUGUCCCUGCUCCAUCCAUAUUGACACCACCAGCAGAAUCCCAAAGUGGGGUUGCGCUCAAAGUAGCUGCUACAGUGCUUCAGCCAAUUUGUUUAGGGGACAGCCCUGUGGUUCUACCAAUACACCUGCAAGUCGCAGGAAGUGCUGCCCCUCAGAUUGCUCCUAAUAGUAACACUCCAUAUGUCAUGACCACUCAAGGCCCAGUCCCACUUCCUGUUCUCCUAGAGCAACAUGUCUUUCAGCAUUUAAAUUCUCCACUGGUGUUACCUCAGAGUUCUCCCUGCGCUACCAACCCGAUGCAUAGUAACCUUUUCCAGGGCUCAUCUGCUCCAAUGGGGCAGCCACAGCUCAUGGAUCAGAAACCUUCCAACUCGCCUCCGGAGUCUGUCUUGCCUCCUGUGUUUCAGACACCAGGAUUUGCUGCAGUUCUACAAGAUCUCUUUCCCUCACAAGGCACCUUAGGUUCCUCACCCUAUCAGCCACCUCCAGAUUGCUCUUCUGUCCCCCCUCAGGCCUUCAGUUCCCCAUUGUCUCCACUGGUCCCUCCUGCCACACUCUUGGUACCAUACCCAGUGAUCGUUCCUCUGCCAGUUCCUGUCCCUAUCCCCAUUCCUAUCCCCAUCCCAGUUCCCCACAGUGCGGAAUAUAAGGUUAGUCCAGACUGCCCUAAACCAGCUGCUUCGUUCAUUUUGCAUUCCUGCAAGGAAACCCAGACUCCCUUGGAGAAAGAAGAAACAAAACCCUUUGAUUUCAUGCACCACAGAGGGCUUUCACAGCUGAAUCGGCAUACUGUUAUUAAGAUGAGUAGCGAGAAUGAGGUUCUGGAUCUGUCCAUGAAAUCUGCCCCUUUGCUAAAGGAAAGUGAGGAUAGUGCUCCACUAUUACCUGAGGAUGGUGCUUUGGACCUGUCAAUUGCUUCCUGUCGAAAAACAGGCUGCAACGAAACAACAAGCGCUGGUCGCUCUGGGCCCAUCAUGGACGGCAUGGCUCAUUCCACAACAAGUAAACUUCCUCCUGCUGUUUCACCCUUUCUCCCUUCAAAACCUCAUGAGAGUCCAUCAAAAGUUGAAAGCAGAGUGGUCAGUAGCAGCUCCUCUGAACUUCUGAGACAGCAGCCUAAAUGGUUGGUGGAUCAGACGAACAUAACAGCCUGUGAGCCGUCAGCUGGCAAUAACAUUGAAAUCGUGAGCACUUCACAGACGGCCAAAGUAAUAGUUUCCGUCAAAGAUGCAGUACCUACUAUUUUCUGUGGCAAGAUUAAAGGCCUCUCGGGAGUUUCUACAAAAAACUUUUCCUUCAAAAGAGACAUGCCCCAGGACUCUGUUCUGCAAUGUUAUGAUGUAAAAAAUCAGCCUGAAACCCGGGAUAAUGCAGAAGCUCUUAGGAAACCUAUCAAAAACAGAAAUGUCAAAUUAAAGAAAAUGAACUCACAGGAGAUACAUAUUCUUCCCAUCAAAAAGCAGCGGCUUGCGGCCUUUUUUCCAAGAAAAUAAUUUAUGAAGUUUUGGAAUGUUUUACAGUAUAAUUGUUAUGAAUAAAGAGAUGCACUUCAUUUUAAAUUACAUUUAAAUCUUUAAACUAUCUUUAAGUUAUUUGGAGGUGAAGAACUGUGGUCUGGGCUUGGGUGGGAAUGAGAAGACGGGGCGGCGGGGGGAAUAGAUGUAUCUUCCCGAUGUAAUGGCUUCCCACCCAGCCCCUCAUUCUAACUUUUCAUUAAAAGUAAAAUUUAAAAACAACAUAUUUUUCAAGUGGAUUGCACAUUUUGCAGCUUUAAUGGAAUAUAAUGGAUGAGUGAUUCAAAGGGGUAAGAGCUAUUUUCACUGCCAUAAAGUGCUUUGAAGAUGUAAUGUUGAAAACGGUGAGUAGAAUGGAACUUUCAGAAUAAAUGUAUGUGCUCGCUUGUU